CAUGAGUCCUCUAUCGUCUCCUUAACUUGCUCACGUGAUACGUACGACGGUGCUUGAUCAGCUACAAAUUAAGAAGAAAUUAUUCCUCGAUUAUAAGCUUUGAAUAUAAUUCACAUCAUCACAUGGCAAACCUUUUCAGAAGUUUCUCUAGAAAACAUAAAUAUGGAGCAAUGGCAGCAACUGCAACCGUACCCAUUGUCAUAUUUACAGGCGUUUAUGUAGCAUGGGGUUAUGCAAGUCGUGCUUUUAAAAAUAAUCAACCAGUUCUUUCAAAAUCCGCGUCCAUUGGAAUGCUCCAUGGUGGCAAACCAGCCUUGAAGAGACUGCUUGAUUAUUGCCAUACCCGAGCGGAUGCGAUGGUGUUGGAUGAGGCUACCAAUGAGUUAAAGACUGCACUUGGAGAUGCAUAUCCAGAUUUCUGUGAACUGAAGCGUGCUGUGGAAAAUCUGGAAAUGAGCGGAGAAGUAGGCGAGGCAGUGACGAUGCUAGAAACUGCAUUUCGAGAGGCCCGGAAGCAGAGGAAACCACAAGCAGCCUACGAGAUUGAAAUGUCACUCGUCGAAAUGCUUAUAUACAAGGAAGAUUUUGAAAAGGCUUUAAAUUGCGAAUGCUUGAAAGAUGAAGAGAUUACUGAUGCGCGACGACCACUGUACAAGGCUAUCAUUUAUAUCACGUUGGGUAACUAUGAACAAGCCAAAAAAUGUUGGGGAGACUUUCAGGGUAUUCAAAGAAACCUUCAAUGGCCACCUAGUCUGAAGGAAAGCCAAGUGGACACAGCUAGCUCUAUUAACGAUUUCAAGCAGUUUGAGAAGGUAGUCAAGUUCCUAAAAGAUGAUAUUCACGCGGCACAAAAGGAUAUCCCAUAUCCUCGUACUGCAGUAAAACAGCCAGCAGCAGAGGAUAUCCCAUCUCCUCGUCGUGAACUACCGCCAGCACAAAAGGAUAUCCCAUAUCCUCAUACUGCAGUAGUACUACCAGCAGCAAAGGAUAUCCAAUAUCCUCGUCGUGAACUACAGCCAGCACAAAAGGAUAUCCCAUAUCCUCGUCCUCCUCCUCCACCGCCAGACCGCAGUAGGGUAUGGUAAUGUACCUGUCAUAAACUGGAAAUGAAAAUAUGAAAAACAAAGAAGAUGAUGAACGUAAACUAUCUGACGGAAUUGUAUUGCAUGAAUCAAGUGAGUUGGUCACCGUAUUUACAUCUAUUUAUACUGAAAAUCAAGAUAAUAGAAAAUAACUAACUAAUGUAUAUUGUCUACUUUAACCUUGGCCUUUUCUUCUUUGGACUUUAUAAACUCCAUGUUUCUUAUAUGAGAUGCUAUACUCCAA